AUGGCGUUCAGGUUCGCUCGACCUACCAGAGCUUCCGUGAACGAUUCUUUCGCCAUCCAAGAUGUCAUUAGCAGCUCAGCCACUGCAACGCUUGACACAAAGGACAGGGUUAUCAUUGCCCUUGACUUCGGGACAACCUAUUCAGGCGUGGCAUACUGCUUUUGUAACUCGCCAGGAAUGCCCGAUGCCGUACCAGUAGUCGACUGGCUAGUAGGACUCGAAGGGCGCACGCAGCCUAAAGUGCCCACUGCAAUCUUGUAUGACCCAGACGACAAUACAAAGUUCAAGUGGGGAGGUCAAGUCAACUGGCGUGAUGAUCAUGUUCGAGGCGUAAAACUUCUACUUGACCCUAAGCAAACCAGGCCUGCUUAUCUUCCGUCCAGCAACUUCAAGAGUGAGAUGAAGAAACUUCCGAAGGAUGUUGUUGACGUAGCAGCAGACUUCAUGGGUGCUAUGUACAGUCACGCCCUGGAGAAAAUCGCAACUAGAAUACCUCAAGGUUAUCUUGACCUUUGCCAGAAGGACUUCGUUCUCAGUGUGCCAGCUGUGUGGUCGGACAUGGCCAAAGAAAGCACCAUGCAGGCGGCGCAGAAAGCUGGCAUUUUUCCGGUGGCUGUCAUCAAGGAGCCAGAGGCAGCAGCACUCUACACCUUCAUGAGCCAAGAGCGGGCAUUGGCUGAGGGGGAUUGCUUUGUUGUUUGCGAUGCGGGAGGUGGCACUGUCGACUUGAUCUCGUACGAAGUCGUCUCAACAAAGCCAUCCCUUGACCUAGCAGAAGUGGUUCCUGGCAUAGGCAGUAUGUCAGGAUCUCUGGGCCUUAAUCGGCGCUUUGCCGAAGCAGUGCAGAACUUGAUCGGAGACGAAGAGUGGUUUCGUCUCAAGAAUCACGACGCUUGGCCACUAGCCGAACGCCAGUUCGACCAGAGCAUCAAGACCGCUUUCAACGGUGAUUUGGAGGACGAAUACAUCGUGAAUUUCCCCGGUGCGUAUCUUGAAGACGAUGAUGAAGAACGCCUUCUCAGAGAUACUUGGUACAUGUCUGGUGAGGCGGUACGUGACAUAUUUGAGCCAUUGAUUGCAGACAUAAUUCGCUUGGUGAAUGAACAGGUUCAAGGGGCGAGGCUCAAACGUCCUGGCAAGCCUCUGAAGGGUAUCAUCCUUGUUGGUGGCUUUGGCGCUAGUCAAUACUUGAAAGCUCGUAUAGAGAAAGCGAACCCAGACAUUCAAGUCAUUCAGCCUGACGAUGCCUGGGCAGCUAUUGUGAAAGGCGCAGCGCUCAGCCGCUUGUCGUACACAAAUGUCGUAUCUACAAAAGCUACCCGACACUACGGUGUGAUUGUACGCAGUAACUACGAACCCAUAACCGACAAGGGGCGACCAACGUUUGUUGAUCGAGUCGAUGGAACACUUCGGACAGACAAAAUGUGGUGGUAUAUCCUCAAGGGACAAGACGUCAAACGCGAUCAAGAUAUCCGGCGCUCCCUCCACCGGCAUAUUCCGAAAGAUCACUCUGACAAUGAUCUCGUGUUCCAGGACAAGCUUUCGAUGUCAGAGGUAGUACUGGCGCCGCAGCAUCCUACAGGCGAUGUCAGGACUAACUGCACUUUGACGAGCGAUCUACGCGCGGUGGAUAAAUCUCUGUUUACAGAGCGUGUUGGUAUUGAUGGGAUAGAAUGGCUGCAAGUAAAGUUUGAACUGGUAAUUUCGACAAGAGAGGCUGCGAUGAAGUUUUGGCUUGAAUAUGAUGGUAAGGAAGUUGGUUCGGUUUUUGCAACCUAUGAAUAG